AUGGACGUUUUGCAACUUAAUUGCAAUCAUGCGAAGGCGGCCCAGGACUUAAUGCUGCAACUGAUGAUGGAACGAAAUAUCCCAGUAGCAAUACUUGCCGAACCCUAUCGAACUGAGGGCGCGGGCAAGUGGUCGCUGUUAAUGAUGUUCUUUUGGGAUGUCCUCUUUGUUCGAUUGGGCUGCUAUUUUUCACCCAAUAAACCGCUACGCGAGUUCGAGUAUUAUCUAAAGUCCCUGGAAGCGUCUGUAAGGAUUAAUAGCCAUAAAAAAUUAGUAGUCGCAGGGGACUUUAAUGCACGCUCUAUUGAAUGGGGCGAUAAACGCACAUCUGCCCGGGGAAAGCGUCUCAGCGAAUGGAUGGCAACAAAUUCGCUACAAUUAUUUAACACCGGUUGUUCACCAACGGUCGUUCGUCCUCAAGGCACUUCAGUAGUAGACACGACGUGGGGUACACCAUCAAUCGCUCCAUUCCUUUCCAUGUGGAAAGUCUCAGAAGAGAUGUUAUCGGACCACAGAGCAAUACUAUUUCACAUUUCGAAGUUGUCCGCGGGGCGAGAGUGCGAAUUUAUAUUACAGGAGACUAGAUGGGUCCUUAAACAAAUGGACCCCGAAAAGUUGACAACUAUGCUUGAAUUCGCUUCCUGGGCCACAAUGAUCCCAGACAUGACACUACCGCCGGAUGCGCGGGCGGCGGACCUAGUAGAGAAGGUCACCGAUAUUUGCGACGUAGUAAUGCAACGGGUUCGACGCCCGCCCAAUCGACGUCGCGUUCACUGGUGGACCCCUGUAAUAGCAAAAGCAAGACGGUCGGCUAACGCGGCUCGCCGUAAAUAUACUAGAGCACGUAAAGGUAAAAACGUAAGUAAAAUUAAUACAACUAGAUUGGCAUAUGUUAACGCACGUAAGGAAUAUCGAAAUAAAAUUCUGAAAGCGCAACAAGAGGCAUGGCAAAACCUGCUGGCACAAGUAAAUGCUGACCUGUGGGGGCGUCCUUACCGAGUCGUGCUCCAACGCUUGAGACCACGUGGUUUGGGACCGCUUGAUACUCUCUCCCACCAGGAUGUGCAGGAGAUUGUCUCCACACUCUUCCCGGCUGGACAGCAAAAUGUGGCCCGAUUGGCCGCAACAGGAGAGGCAACCAGACACACACCUGGGGAUCCCUGGGAUACCCCGUACGAGGUCACCCGAUCGGAACUCGAACCGGACGCUCGCUCACUACGACCUGGUUUCCAGACACCGAGACCCCCCCGUCGACAUCGCGCCGGGAAGAAGAAGAGGGCAAGGAUCGAAACCCUUUUGCAAAAACGUCGCGAGGCAUUCGAGAGAUUUCUACUUGGAUUAACCGAGCCAUCAAUCGAUACACCCUCGCUGAGCGAAACUUCGCCCAGCCAACCUACUACACUCCUCCGAGACGAGCCGUUGGCAGCAGAGACUCGUACACCACCCCCGGGCGAACGAACGCCUUCCCCGAUAGGAUCAGAGUGGUACGAGCCCACCACACCCCCUUACCCUGCUCUAGAAGUCCAGCGACGAGAAGCGGAGCGACCACAGCGGGCAAACGCUCCCUCCCGACCGAUCAUCCGGUCGAUUGAGAUCACCCGCCGAGCGCCUACCCCUUCACCUCUAAUCGAAGUCAUUGAUUUGACUUACGAUCCCGACACGACCGAGGAGCUGGAAACCAUUCAUCGUCCCCCCGAGAACGAUACUAUUCAGCCCCAGGUGAUUACCAUAGAACGGUUAAUUCGGGUAACCUCCACAGAACCAGUAACAAAUGAAACAGCUACGACCGAAUUCCCCGAGGAAAUGGAGUUUGUUUAA